AUGGACAGUAAGGUAAUUAAGCCUCGUCGUUUCUACUUGAUUGAUGAGUUGGAAGCUGGGCAAAAGGGUUCAAACGAUGGAACAAUUAGUUGGGGCCUUGAAAACAUUGGAGAUUUUUCCCUCACAAAUUGGAACGGCAUGAUCGUUGGACCAGCCAAAACCCCAUAUCAGAACAAAAUGUACAAUUUACAAAUCAUUUGUGGCGAAGAGUACCCAGACAAGCCUCCCGAAGUGAGAUUCAUUACACGAAUUAAUAUGGAUGGAGUUGACAGUACUGGCCAGGUUGACAACGUCAAGGUGCCAUCUCUUCGAAACUGGCGCCGUGGCAUGUUGAUUCGCAACGUUCUCUUCGAUCUACGAACUAUGAUGGCUCAGAAAGAAAACUCCAAACUGUCCCAACCGCCGGAUGGCUCGUGCUACUAG